AGACACUAUCGUUGGUGUGGCUGCCGGCCCCCCCAUCGCCACCACUGCAAAAGCAAACCCUCGUCGCAGCGCAGCCAUCCAGUAUCUCGCCUCCGCCGCCCGCCGCCGCCUCCGGCGGGGACCUCGCCUGGGAUCUGCGCCUCGCCGGACUCCCAACGAACGUCACUGAACGGACGGACGCCGGAUUCGCCCGCCCCAUCGCGGCGCCAACCGCCGGAUUUGACAACGCCACUCACACGACCACCGCUCGGCUCUCCGGCCUAGAGCCCCUUCCUUCCAUGCAGCCGAGGUCGCGCAUUCGCGGCCGCGACCCACCCUCCGUGGGAGGACCAGGAGGAGGUGGAGGACGCUACCGCCGCCGCUCACCGCCCCCGCCCUCGCCGCGCCACCAGCGCCGCCCUCCCCACCCGCAGAGGCGCAGCCCCGAGCGGCCCCCUCCGCCCCCGCCGCCGCCGCGCUACGACGACAAUCCCCUCCCCGACAUCUCCGCCGCCGGCGACCGGCGUUCGCGCGCCGGCAUCCUGCUCGAGGCCGGCCGCCUCGCCGCGAACUACUUGGUCGCACAAGGCGUCCUCCCCGAGCACCUUCUCCGGGCCAGGGAAGACCCCAAUCACAAGCCCGCCCCACGCCACGAGGCCCCCGCCCCCUCUCCCGCCACCUACGGGAGGAAGCUAGACGACGAAGACGACCCGAGAUCGCGGCGGGACGCUGGGGAAUGGGGCCGCGGAAGGGAGGAUCACGACAGGCAACCCCGGAGGUCCACCUGGGACAGGAGGAGCCAAAGCUUUGACGCCAGGCGUAAGUACAACGACGCCGGCGAUGUGGACCGGGGUGCCCGCCGGACUCGCGACUACCAAGAGCCCAAGAGGCCCCCAAUGUCGAGGUCCUAUUCACAUAACGAUCGCCGGCCUUCCGCUGAUAGCAGACUGGAUCGAAGGAGGAGGAGCAGGAGCCGGAGCAGGAGCAGGAGUCGAAGCAGGACCAGGAGCCACCACGCUGGCGGUAGGAGGGAUGAUUCAGAUUGGCGAGCAGGCGGUCGUGAUUUCGAUCACACCAAGGUGCCAGACUCUGGCAUUGUUCCUGCUGCUGCCGGCGGCGGAGAUGUUGAUGAAAUGCCAAGGCAGCAGAGGGUACCUAGUUCAGUGGUGGUUGCAGAGGAGGCGGAUGGCACUGCCAAUCGGUCAAUGCCUAUUGAAGAUGGGGAGAUGGAGUCGGAGAUCAUCCCACUAGAGCAUACUCAAGACAUUUCUGAAGACGAGGAAGGCGAGUUUGCUGAAGACAUUUCUGAAGACGAGGAUGGUGAGUUUGCAGCUGCUCGCAUGAAUGAUGAAUAUGGUGUUGAGAUGGAUGUCACCCAGCCCCAACUGUCUGAUGUCGAUGUUCAUCUUCAUCCAUCGGAAUCUGUUGACGAACCGGUGCUCAGCCAGUCCCAACUCAGCAAUGCUGUAGAGGAAAUGGAAGCUGGCUGUGCACCCACGGAUGCGUGUAUGAUAGAACCGUUGGGCGAGGACAAUGGCUGCUCUGAAGCAAGGGACGAAAUGGAGGCUCCACCACCACAGAGUGAAGUUGAGACUAGUGUUGGUGACCUUAACAGGAAUGAACAAGAGCUGCCAGCUUGGUACAGAAUUUUUGACCUCAGCAUCAUAGAAGCUCCAGGUGGCUGUGAAAUUCCUGAGAUUCCUGGUGAUCCUCCCGCAGAUCAUGCUUCUGAUUCUGGACCUUUCUUAGUUGGUCAGACGCACCAGCAAACUAACGAUGACACUUCAGAAACUCAAGGUGAAGAUGAGCAUGCAGGGGAUAAUCGUGUGUUGGGCGAUGGGCAUGAUUUGAACAAGUAUGAUCUGAACAGUGAGGCUGAUGAACAUGCGCAGGAUGAUACUUCAGAAAAUGAAGGUCAAGACGAGCAUGCGGGGGAUAAUCGCAUGUUGAAGGAUGGUCAUGAUUUGAAUAGGUAUGAUCUGAACAAUGAGGCUGUUGAAGAUGCACAGGAUAAUCACCUGUUGGGAAAUGAGAGAUUGCUACUAAAUCAUGGCAUGGGUGUGCAUGAUACAGAUAGAUCUCACCUGAGCAAUGGGCAAUUGCUUCUGAAUCAAAAUGAAGAUGAACAGGAACAUGAUGACCACCGGAUGGAGAACAUUCCUGUGAGUGGUGAGCAGCUCCUGCUAAGUCAUAGUGCGGACGGACAUCAUGUCAAUAAUCACCAAAUGGAAUCAGAGGUCAUGCUUUUACCUACAGGUGUGCGUGAUUUGCAUGGCUAUGAUCUGAACAGUGAGCAAAUGCUUCUACAUGAUGGUGCAGAGAAACAUGCACUUGAUAGUUGCCAUUUGACGGAUGGGCAAAUGCUUUUCGAUCAAUCGGCAGGUGGACAGGCUAUAGUUCGCAACAUGGGAAAUGGGCGAACAAUUCCUUUAAUUAAUCUGGAAGAUGAUUAUGAAGAGCAGUCUGAUACUAGGGGAUUUCUUUAAUACAAGAGGUACGAAUGCCAUCCUUGUAGCCUGGGAGAUCCCAUGUUUGUGCAGUUCCCUGGCGCAGCUGGGCCAUCCUGGACCUGAACCGGAGACCUCUAAAAGACCGCAACCAAUUGGGAGAGAAUCAAUAGACUCCUUUUCAGGAGCGAUUCAUCGUGGACUCUGAACCAAUUGGGAGAGAACGUAGCAGGAUUCUGAAGCAGCUCGAUGCUAUCCUGGACGAUUGGAAACAAGCUCUGCUCGCACUGGGCUGAUUCGGUGAAGCUGGUUGGUCGGUCAUGGAUUUGUAAGCUGCGAGGCAUAGAUUCCUACUACUAGAUAGAGGUACUCUUAGUUUGCAUGCAGGAGUUUUGUUUGAUGAUGCCUGGCUGCAUCGGCAGUAGGCGUAGCCAGGUGACGUGGCACAUAAUUUUGAGUAGCAUGCAUGCUGUAUGCAAGGCAUGAGCAAACACAAGUGUCUCUCGCUUAUUCAGUUUUGGCAUGUGCCCUGUAGUGUUUUGUUGUUGCCCCACUUUGGCUUGGCAUUUGACAAUGUUGAGAGCCAGGUGUGUAGGCUGUAGGCAUUGGAAUAUUGGAUCGGGCUUCCUUGUUCA